AUGAACAUCACCGCAUUCACUCUGAACCUCUCUGUCUCAACUAAUGGGACAGAUGCACCUGGUCCUGUCACCUGGAAAGUGGCCUUGAUUACUCUUGUAACAGUCCCACUCUCCCUCAUCACCAUCAUAAGCAACAUCCUGGUCAUCAUCUCUUUCCAGGUCAACCCACUCCUCAGGACAGUAAGUAACUACUUCCUCUUGAGCUUGGCCGUGGCUGAUGUCAUUCUGGGAGCCAUCUCAAUGAACCUCUACACUACUUACAUCCUGAUUGGCAGAUGGACUUUAGGUAACCUAGCCUGUGACAUUUGGUUGGCUGUGGACUAUGUGGCCAGCAAUGCCUCUGUUAUGAACCUGCUGGCCAUUAGCAUUGACCGCUACCUCUCUGUCAUGCGACCUCUGACCUAUAGGGCCACUAGAACCCCCAGAAGAGCAGCAGUGCUGAUUGGCCUAGCAUGGGGCAUCUCGUUUGUGCUUUGGGCGCCGGCAAUUUUGUUCUGGCAAUACAUAGUAGGUGAAAGAACUGUUCCAGAAGGUCAGUGCUCAAUACAGUUCUUAUCUGAGCCUGUGAUCACAUUCGGAACAGCCAUCGCUGCAUUUUACCUGCCAGUGAGUGUGAUGGUUGUGUUGUACUGCCGGGUCUACGGUGAGACCAAGAGACGCUCUCAGCAGCUUGCUGGAAUGAUAGCAUCACAGGGAGCAUCACAGGGCAGAGACACUGGAAACACGCAUCAGAGUUCUUGUCGUAGCAAUUCCAGCAGUGUUGAAGAUGUCCAACCACAGACAGAGCAGAACUCGCAGAGGCAGAAGAGACUGAGGACAAUCUGUCCCACCAUCACCCACCAAAAAGCAGCAUGGUGGAAGAAACGAAGGGAGAGGGACAAGACAGCCAACUCACAAACUAUUUACAGCACUCCAGAGAUGGAGACAGACCACAUUUCUCAAAGAACAAAUGUGGGUGACAACAAGUACAUUCCACUUGUUCGAAUGGACCUUCAUGUUCACCCUGAUGCCACCAUGAGGAACUCUCAAUUAGGCAGCCAACAUUCACUUAACCCAUCGAUCAGUCCUUUAACCACACAACCCCCUCCACGGAAAGCCCGAACCGUGUGUCUGAUCAGGGAGAAGAAAGCGGCCAGGACCCUCAGUGCCAUUCUCCUGGCUUUCAUUUUAACAUGGACACCCUAUAACAUCAUGGUCCUGGUGUCCACUUUCUGUGAGCACUGUGUUCCUGAGGGGCUGUGGCAGCUGGGAUAUUGGCUCUGUUAUGUGAACAGCACAGUCAACCCUGUAUGCUAUGCACUCUGCAACAAGCACUUCAGGGUUACAUUCAGGGCACUGCUGCUCUGUAGGUGGAAAGGGCAAAAGAAGGGGAUCAGAUGGACCCCAACAGGAAGUGGCUUAGUACAGUAA